AUGGCAGCAGCACGGCACAGCACCCUCGACUUCAGGCUCGGCGCCAGAGCUGAUGGCGAGACCAUUCUAAAAGGCCUCCGGUCCAUUUUUCAGGAGCAGGGGAUGACAGAGUCAGUGUAUACCUGGCAGGACCAUGGCUAUUUAGCAACCUACAUGAACAAAAAUGGCAGCUUUGCCAAUUUGAGAAUUUACCCACAUGGGUUGGUGUUGUUGGACCUUCAGAGUUAUGACAGCGAUGCACAAGGCAAAGAAGAAAUUGACAAUCUUUUGAAUAAAAUAGAAGAAAGAAUGAAAGAACUGGGUCAGGACAGUCCUGGGAGGGUGAAGCGAUUACCACCCAUCUUACGAGGAAGCGCCAUUGACAGAUACUGGCCCACUGCUGAUGGGCGCCUGGUUGAGUAUGACAUAGAUGAAGUGGUGUAUGAUGAAGACUCACCUUACCAGAACAUUAAAAUUCUACACUCAAAGCAAUUUGGAAAUAUUCUCAUACUCAGCGGGGAUGUUAAUUUGGCAGAGAGUGAUUUGGCAUAUACAAAGGCCAUCAUGGGCAGUGGGAAAGAAGAUUACACUGGCAAAGAGGUACUGAUUCUGGGAGGUGGAGACGGGGGCAUAUUAUGUGAAAUAGUCAAACUGAAACCAAAGAUGGUCACUAUGGUAGAGAUUGACCAAAUGGUGAUUGAUAGCUGUAAGAAAUAUAUGCGAAAAACUUGUGGAGACAUCUUAGACAAUCUUAAAGGAGAAUGCUAUCAGAUUCUAAUAGAAGACUGUGUUCCAGUACUGAAGAAGUAUGCCAAAGAAGGGAGAAUGUUUGAUUAUGUGAUUAAUGAUUUGACAGCUGUUCCAAUCUCCACAUCUCCAGAAGAAGAUUCCACAUGGGAGUUUCUCAGACUGAUUCUUGAUCUUUCGAUGAAGGUAUUGAAACAGGAUGGGAAAUAUUUUGCACAGGGGAACUGUGUCAAUCUGACAGAAGCCCUAUCGCUCUAUGAAGAACAGCUCAGGCACCUGUAUUGUCCUGUGGAAUUCUCGAAGGAGAUCGUCUGUGUCCCUUCAUACUUGGAGUUGUGGGUAUUUUACACUGUUUGGAAGAAAAGUAAACCUUGA